AUGCAAUAUGUUGAUGAAAAUGGUGGAAUUAAAAAAGCAAGUAAACCUGCCAAAACGACAACUGGCAAAUCAGCAUCUGGUGUUACAAAAAGAACACCACCACCUCCACCAAGUCGACGUCCUGGAUCUUCUCUAUCUGAUAAACCCAAGGCAAAAUCACCGCCACCUCCACCACCAGUUCGACGCUCGGUGGUCAGCAAUCAAUCGAAUAAUAACGGAUCUUCAAAACAUUCUAGUCCUCCACCAUCUCCAAAGCAGGUCAUUCUUCCAACAACUCUUAAAGCAACAUCACAUCCGCCACCGCCUCCACUUCCAGUUUUGAGCGUGAAUAAGGCUGUACAACCGCCUCCAGUUUCGAGCGUGAAUAAGACUGCACAACCGCCUCCAGUUUCGAGCAUAAAUAAACCAGUACAUCCGCCUCCGCUUCCAAGUGUAAAUAAAACCACACCAAUUUCAAGUACAAAUAAAACCCCGCAACCAUCCGUUCCAAGUGUAAAGAAAACUGCGCAGACACCUCCGGUUCAAGUUACACCUCCACCGCCACCACCUUCAGGUGCAAACCCAUGUUCCACCACGUCAACCAACAUCAGUCCACCGCCACCACCUACUUCUGGUGGUGCCCCCCCUCCUCCUCCUCCUCCAAUAAGCAAUGCUACUUCCACGCCACCAAUAACGAAUGGCCGUGCGAAUUUGCUAGCAGAAAUUCGUAAUGUGGGUGGUGCUUCUAAAGCUGGACUUAAACCUCCAACUCGUCAGUCAACUAUAUCAGAAGAGCCUCAGAGCCCAACCGGUGGCGGAAAUGAUCUUGCCUCGGCGUUAGCAAAUGCACUUUUGAAUCGUGGAGCAGCAAUCCACGGUGAUUCUGGUCAGUAUUUAUUUCAUAUGUAUAUUUGUUUUCCAACAAUAUAUAAAUCUAUUUUUUUGGAAUUUUUUUAUUUAGAUGAAGACGAAGAUGACGAUGACGAUGAUUGGGAUGAUUAA